AUCCGAACUGCCUUCAUCUCUCUUGAUUGCUGCUCAUUUUUCUCCUCUUCAUCCAUCAAUACCCUGUGAUCAGCCGGCAUAGCUCAAAGUAGCCAAGGGCAAAAGAAUACCAAUCAGACUUCCAGCUCCAGUUGCUGGAUCAUCACGGGACUUGUUUUCCGAAGCUUUGCAGCAGGACUGCGUCGGAGCUCUGUCCGCUAGCCUAUCAAAACUUUCCAUCCUUCAAUAUCAUUUAUUUGUUUUACAUUAUCAGAUCGACGUCAUGGCGAGCGCUACGGGCUUACCAGAACGAUUUCCCAACGGCUCCGAGGAGGGGCUGGCAGGCCGUGAGACUGAGCCGCUUCUUGGCCGCCCUGGAGAUGUUGCGCAAGAAGAGGGCAAAUCAACUCUCAAUAACCUGGUCCUAGGCACUGGCAUCAUCGCGCAGAUAGGCAUCUGGCUCCUCGUCGUGCUCGUCUGGGCUAGCGUCUUCACCAAGCCUCUCAUCCUCUUCUCGGGACACCCUCUUGCCCAAUCCUUCGCCGUGCUGGUGUUGGUACAGUCGGUUCUGUUCCUCCAGCCCACCCAUACAAGCGAUCAGAAGCGCCUCGGGCAGCGUGUCCACGGCCUGCUGAACCUUAUGGCAUUCCUCUCCCUCGUCGCUGGCGUUACCAUCAUCGAGUACAACAAGGAGAAGAGCCACAAUGCGCAUUUCCACUCGGCGCACGGCUAUCUCGGCGUCAUUACUUCCAUCGUGCUCCUGCUGCAAUACCUUGUCGGCUUCACCAUGUGGGCUACGCCGAAGCUGUAUGGAGGCGAGGACAACGCCAAGGCCAUCUGGAAGUACCACCGGUACAGCGGAUACUUUGUUUUGCUGCUUCUACUGGCUACCAUCAACAGUGCGACUCAGACCGACUAUAACAAGAACGUGUUGAAGGUGAAGCUCUGGGCUACCCUAAGUUUGUCGGCUCUUGUUGUUAUUGGGAUUUUCCCCCGGAUUCAAAAACAGAAGCUGGGCUUCAGCCGGCCGAGUGUGUCGCUUUGAGUUGGUCGAGAAGGUCCGGUCUGUAGUCCAGCCAGCUUGUUUGAAAAAGUGCUUCGUUAUCACCUGGUCAUUGCAAUGUAAUUGAGCCUCUCUUCUCUUUUCAGUUAUGUAGUUAUACCUACACAAUACAUUUGAUGCAAAUUGGCCAAGAUUCGU